AUGGCCCCGGACGGCGGCACCGACUGGCUCCUGGCGCUGCUCGCCGAGAUCCAGCUGGAGCAGUUUUACCACAAGAUCCGGGACGAGUUACACGUCACCCGCCUGGGCCACUUCGACUACGUCAAACCCGCCGACCUCGACCACAUCGGCAUGGGACGCCCCGGUCAGCGGCGGCUGGAAGACGCCAUCAAGCGCAGGAAGCAGCAGGGGCCGCGUCCCAAGUCCUGGGUUUAUAAGGUUUGGAUUCACCCCCUCCCCUAUUGCCACAGGAACCCUGGACCGAGGAGCCGGGGGAGGGGCCCUCCCGCCCCCCCACCUCCCCACCCGGACUCGGACCCCCCCCUGAAAUGCCUAAUCAGCGAAUGGGACCUGCGCCUGCGGGAGCGGCUGGGCGACGGCUGCUUCGGGGUGGUGCACCGGGGGGAGUGGACCCCGCCCGGCGGGGGCACCCUCUCCGUGGCAGUGAAAUCCCUCCGCUCUGACGUCAGCACCGACCCCCUCGCGCUGGUUGAUUUCCUCAACGAGGUGAACGCCAUGAGCGGCCUGGACCAUCCCCACCUCCUGCGGCUCCACGGGGUCGUCCUCAGCCAGCCCCUCAAGAUGGUGACGGAGCUGGCCCCGCUGGGCUCCCUGUACGACCAGCUGUGCCCGCCCUUCCCCCUGCACCGGCUCUGGCUCUACGCCGUUCAGGUGGCCCAGGGCAUGGCUUACCUGGAGUCCAAACUCUUUAUCCACCGUGACCUGGCCGCCCGCAACGUCCUGCUGGCCUCUGAGGAGCACGCCAAGAUCGGUGACUUCGGCCUCAUGCGGGCGCUCUCGAGCAAGGGGGACCGGUACAUCAUGUCCGCCCACCGCAAAAUCCCCUUUGCCUGGUGCGCCCCCGAGAGCCUGCGCUCCGGCGUCUUCUCCCACGCGUCCGACGUGUGGAUGUUCGGGGUCACCCUCUGGGAGAUGUUCUCCUACGGCGAGGAGCCCUGGAUGGGGCGCUCGGGGCGCCAGAUCAUGCUGUCGGUGGAGCGGGAGGGGGCGCGGCUGGAGCGCCCCGAGGACUGUCCCCGCGGCCUGUACGGGCUGCAGCGGCGCUGCUGGGCCCCCAACCCCGAGGAGAGACCCCACUUCCGGGACAUCGUCGGCCUGCUGCACGAGCUCCGUCCCCGGGAGGUGCGAGCCUCUCAGGACUUGAAUGAACCGGGGUGGCUGAGACUGGAAACCAACGAUCUCAUCACGGUGAUUGAGGGCAGCCCUGAGUCCUCGACCUGGCGGGGCCAGAACAGGCGGACUCUGCGGGUCGGGAUCUUCCCGGCGUCGGUGGUGAGCCCGGAGGAAUCGCCCACUGCUGGGGUGCCCCGGAUCAGCCUCCCCAUCCGCAACAGCUUCCAGCACGUAGGGCACGGCGACCUGGACCCCGGCCGCAGCUGGGGAGCCCCUGACUGCAUCGAGGAGCCGCAGGGGAAGCCCCGGGACCCUAAAGAGCCAGGCGGGAUCAAGCCGGGGAGCCAGCAGCUUCUCCGGCUGACGCGUCUCUCUAAGAGUCUGGACUCAGUGUCGGAUUUCAGCGUCCUUCGGGCGAAACCCAGGCGUCCGGGUGACAAUCUUGCCUUCCUGCCUCGUCACUUCGGCCACCCACCGUCUCGCCCGCCAGGGGAAAUGGGGCUGCAGCCCCUGGAGACACCUUCGAAGUCACGGCCUGCCCCUCGGCCCUGCCUACCCCGCAGGAUCGAUGCUCCACUCCAGCAACCUGGGGCCAGGGACAGGAGGGAGACAGGGGGCACCAGGGCCUCUGGGGGGGCCCACAGGGCUGCAGUGGGGGUCAUGGGGCCCCCAUGUGGGGGGCAGAAAGGCAACAGUGACAUGGAGUGGAAAAUCAAAGAGGUGGAGGAGAAGGUCCACGGGGUGACGGUGGAGGAGUGUCGCGAGGCGCUGAGGCUGCACGGCUGGGACACCCAGAGAGCCAUCGAGACGCUGAAGGUGGCAGUUGACCAGCUGUUCCACAUCAGCCCACACUCCCGGGUCGAGUGCCGGCGCAUCCUGGAGAAGCAUCGCUGGAACCUGGCCAUGGCCUCGCGCUACGUCCUGAGCCGUGGCCUCCGGGCCUGA